GCCCUGUCCCCGCCGCCGCCGCCCCCCGGGGCAUGGCCUGUCUGAUGGCCGCUUUCUCGGUCGGCACCGCCAUGAACACCAGCAGUUACUCAGCAGCGAUGAUGGAGCCCAAGUCGGUGUGCGUCUCGGUGGACGAGGUGGUCUCCGGCACCACAGACGCCACAGAGACAGACCUGCUGAAUGGACACCUGAAAAAGGUGGAAAACGGCCUCACCGAGGCCCAGCGCUUUUCCUCCCUGCCUCGAAGGGCAGCCGUGAACAUCGAAUUCAAGGACCUUUCCUACUCUGUUCCCGAAGGACCCUGGUGGAGGAAGAAAGGAUACAAGACCCUUCUGAAAGGAAUUUCUGGGAAGUUCAACAGCGGAGAGCUGGUGGCCAUCAUGGGUCCUUCUGGGGCUGGGAAGUCCACGCUCAUGAACAUUUUGGCCGGAUACAGGGAGACCGGAAUGAAAGGGGCAGUCCUCAUCAACGGCCUGCCCCGGGACCUGCGCUGCUUCCGGAAGGUGUCCUGCUACAUCAUGCAGGAUGACAUGUUGCUGCCACACCUCACCGUGCACGAGGCCAUGAUGGUGUCUGCACAUCUGAAGCUCCAGGAGAAGGAUGAAGGCAGGCGGGAGAUGGUCAGGGAGAUCCUGAUGGCACUGGGCUUGCUGUCCUGUGCCAAUACGCGGACGGGAAGCCUGUCGGGCGGCCAGCGGAAGCGCCUGGCCAUCGCCCUGGAGCUGGUGAACAACCCUCCGGUCAUGUUCUUCGAUGAACCCACCAGUGGCCUGGACAGCGCCUCCUGCUUCCAGGUGGUCUCCCUGAUGAAAGGGCUGGCCCAAGGAGGCAGGUCCAUCAUCUGCACCAUCCACCAGCCCAGCGCCAAGCUCUUCGAGCUGUUCGACCAGCUCUAUGUCCUCAGUCAAGGACAAUGUGUGUACCGGGGAAAAGUCUCCAAUCUUGUGCCAUAUUUAAGGGACUUAGGUCUGAACUGCCCAACCUACCACAACCCAGCAGAUUUUGUUAUGGAGGUCGCGUCUGGUGAGUAUGGUGACCAGAACGGGCGCCUGGUGAAAGCGGUUCGGGAGGGCAUGUGCGACUCUGACUACAAGAGAGACCUGGGAGGUGAUGCCGAAGUGAACCCCUUUCUUUGGCACCGGCCCUCAGAAGAGGACUCGGCAUCCAUGGAAGGCUGUCACAGCUUCUCUGCCAGCUGCCUCACUCAGUUCUGCAUCCUCUUCAAAAGGACCUUUCUCAGCAUCAUGAGGGAUUCGGUCCUGACACACCUGCGGAUCACCUCGCACAUUGGGAUCGGUCUCCUCAUUGGCCUGCUCUACCUGGGGAUUGGGAACGAAGCCAAGAAGGUCUUGAGCAACUCCGGCUUCCUUUUCUUCUCCAUGCUGUUCCUCAUGUUCGCGGCCCUCAUGCCCACCGUCCUUACGUUUCCCCUGGAGAUGGGAGUAUUUCUUCGGGAACACCUGAAUUACUGGUACAGCCUGAAGGCCUACUACCUAGCCAAGACCAUGGCUGAUGUGCCCUUUCAGAUCAUGUUCCCGGUGGCCUACUGCAGCAUUGUGUACUGGAUGACAUCGCAGCCAUCCGACGCCGUGCGGUUUGUCCUGUUUGCCGCACUGGGCACCAUGACAUCUCUGGUGGCCCAGUCCCUGGGCCUGCUGAUCGGAGCCGCCUCCACAUCCCUGCAGGUGGCGACGUUCGUGGGCCCCGUGACCGCCAUCCCCGUCCUCCUCUUCUCAGGAUUCUUUGUCAGCUUUGACACAAUCCCGACGUACCUGCAGUGGAUGUCCUACAUCUCCUACGUCAGGUAGCGUGAGGGGAACCAGCAGAGCUUUUGUCGCUCAGGAACUUCAUGGUGACGGAGGGAAAGCACUGUUGCUAACUGCUCACAAAAGCCACCUCUAGGAUGUCGGCUAA